GCAAGCCCCGCCCCCGCGCUGAUUGACGGCCCAGAUCACGUGGGGGAGGGGAGAGGAGCAGGAGGAGGACGCCGGGGCGGGCGCUCGCACCUGGAGCUGGAGGGGAGGGAAAACCGGACGGGGAUGCGCUCGGCUGGGGCCGCCGCUACCGCCACCAGCUCGUUCUGCGCCGCCGCCGCCGAAGCAGGCCGAACCCAGCUCCUGCGCCCGGUGGAGGGGCCAUGGUGGCUGCUGCCUCUGCUGCAGCCGCGGCCAUGAGGAAAAGCUUCCUGGUGCCCGAGAUCAAGCCCUUGGAUCAGUAUGACUUCCCUCGGGCGCGCAGCGCCGCCAGCCUGGCCUGGGUGCUGGCCAAGGGCUACGGGGGUGCAGAGCACAUCCCUGCUGAGCUACGCGAACCCUUCUAUACAGACCAAUAUGAACAGGAGCACAUGAAGCCUCCUCUCAUCCGCCUGUUGCAUUCGUCUGACAUCUACUGCCGUGCCUGGCGCCGGGCCCUGCCGUCGGGCGCUGAUGGCGCCCCUUCCCCCAAGGACAAUGCUGCCUUGCUCCAGCUUCUGGCCCAUCGUGGCUUGGUGCCCACCUUCCAAGACAAGCCCAUCAAGGAGACAGAUCUGCACCACAAACCAAUCAGACUGGGUGCGCACCUGGCAUUGAUUGACUCAUUGAUGACAGCGUUUGCGUUGGAAGCCACCAGCUCACUGAGUGUUACGCCAGGCAUUGAUCUGGCAGCCAUCUCCUGGGAUCAAAAACUUCUGCACUGGAUAGACAUGAUCAUCCACAAGAUACAGCAAAGCAGCGAACAGGAGUGCACUCAGCGGGCUGCUCCGGGAACAGACGGCCAGACCCAGGCCUCCAACAGCGGUCCCAAGAUCCGCUAUCGGAAGGACAAGGCGCUGCCCAAGCAGACUCCCUGCUUCCCUGCCAUCACUGGCAUGAAGGACCUGGCCAGCGGGGGCGCCAUUGCUGCCACCAUCCACUACUACUGCCCCCAGAUUUUGCGCCUCGAGGACGUGUGCCUGAAGGAGACCAUGUCGGUGGCAGACAGCCUGUACAACCUGCAGCUGAUCCAGGGCUUCUCUGCGGACUAUUUGGGUGGCUCCUGCUUCCUCUCCUUGGAGGACCUGCUGUACAUGCCGCCUAUGCUGAGGAUAAACAUCGGGGUGUUCCUGGCAGAGUUGUUCCUGUGCUUUGAGGUGCUUAAGCCUGACUUUGUGCACCCAAAGGAGCUGCCUGGACUUCAAGAUUCCCCUGGGCUGAAUGACUCCCUGACGCCCAACAGUGCAAACAACAGCAGUAGCUCCCCAGUUUUCAGCUUCCGCCACCCACUGCUGCCUGGAGGGCAGGCGCAGUCCCCACUCUGUGGUUCUUUAGGCUCCCUGCAUCACUCCACAUCCAUGUCCCAUGUCGAGGGUUUUGGCAAACCAUGGAGCAAGAAGCAGCUCAGCCACCCGUUGUCACAGGCGGUCUCCUUCAGCAUCCCCUUUGGCUUGGACAGCGACGUGGACAUUGUGAUGGGGAACCCAGUGGGCAUGCUGCGCUCUGUCAGCUCAGACAGCCUGGCCCCUGCCCUCUAUUCCUCCUUGCCUCGCUCUCCGCGCCCACGGUCCACUGACGUGGUUGAGGCCCCCAAUGGCUUAGUGACAACACCGCUCCACGGGGCUGGAACCAAGGCUCAGGAGGGGCUGGCCCUGGAAAACGGGCUGAGCGACGGCUAUCCUGACCUGCCUACCAUUGAGGAGGCCCUGCAGAUCAUCCACAGCAGCGAGCGCCUGCUCCCCGAGGGAGCACCCGAUGGCUUUUACCUGCACUCUCCGGAGCCACCAAAAACUUCUGUGCCAGAAAAGGCACCCAUGGCUACUGUUUACCGCUGCCACAAUGGUCCCCCCAAUGGGGCCGAGCCAGCCCAGGAUGGCAGCCUAGACUCAGACGCCGAGGAGCCCAUGCGGGCCCCUGGUGGCCCUGAUGACUCCACCUCAUGCGUCAGUUCGCUGAGCUCACAACCUGACAGCACAGCUUCAUCCGCCUCUGGCGUGCGCAUGACCAGCUUUGCGGAGCGCAAGAAGAAGCUAGCAGCGACAGACAGCAAGUCCAGUGGGAUCAGCUCCGAGGGCUCUGAGGUUGGGCCUGUCCCGCCAGACGAGAGCCCUGCCCAAAGCCCCGCGCUCAGCUCUGAGAUGAACCAGCUGGGGGCGCGGCUGGAGGAGAAACGCCGGGCCAUCGAGGCUCAGAAGAAGCGCAUUGAGGCCAUCUUCACCCGGCACCGCCAGCGCCUGGGCAAGAGUGCCUUCCUGCAGCUACAGAAGGCCCCCGAUGCUCAGGGCCAGGCGGAGGAUGGCCGCCUUGCUCUCGAGGAGCGGCUUGCCCAGCUGGAGGCUGAGGAGGAGGCCGGAAGCCCUCGGGCCCGCCUAGACAACAAGCAGGUGACCUUUUCCCCGGAAAUCACCAAGGGCGGAGCGUUGGACGAGAACCUGGGCGAUUACAACCGGGCGGUGGCCAAGCUGAACACCGCCCUGAGCUCCCUGCAGUUGGACAUGCAGCGUCUGAGCGAUCAGCAGCAGCGCCUCCUGCUAGAUAAGAAGCCUAGUGUGCAGGCCUGGGUGAUCCCAGCCCCAAGGACCGGCCGUGAGGGGGCUCCUCCCCGCUCCUCCCUGGAGCUGUCCUCCUCUUCGCCAUCACCAUCCCCUUCCCGCAAGUCCCGCUCCCCUCAGCCGACCCCUAAGAAGUCUCCCGCCCCGGCUCCACCCAAGAGCCCCCGGCACGCCCGGCCAGUGGAGCUGAAGCUGCCUCCCCUCACACGGGUCCUGACGCCUCCCCACAACGUGGACACCCUCCCGCACCUCCGCAAGUAUUCCCCUAGCCAGGUACACAUGCAGACCCGCUCCUCCAUCCAUUUUGCAGAGGACGAGGAGCUGCCCGUACCGGAGGCCCAGGGGAACUUGCGGCCUGUGGCCUCGGUGCCCCCUCAGGGGGGCAACGGCCGUGUCUCAGGCGAUGGCACCAGUGAUGUCUCCUCGCCCAGCGACCGGCGCAGCAGCCUGAUUGAAAUCCCCUUGUCCAGCCUGAAGGGGGAGGAGGAAGACGACGACGAUGCAGAUGGCGACGACUCGCUAGAGGGAUCCAUCACUGAGACCCUAGACUCUGAGCCAUCCCGGGCUGGCAUGGGCUUCUACUUCAAGGAUGAGGCGAAGGCUGAGGAGGAAAUGGCGCAGAAGCGUGCAAGCUUCCUAGAGAGGCAGCAGCGACGCACUGAGGAGGCAAAACGCAGGAAGCAAUGGCAGGAGGCGGAGAAGGAGAAGAAAGAGGAGGAGGCAAGACAGCGGCAGGCAGAGGAGCAGCCCCGGCAAGAGGAGGAAGUGGUGGGGCCAAGGCGCGGCGACUUCACCCGCCUGGAAUACCAGCGGCGCCAUCAGCUCAAGCUGAUGGAGGACCUGGACAAGGUGCUGCGGCAGAAGCCCACCACUGUGCGCGCCCUCAAGAAGGGGCGGCCCAAGACCGUCUUCUGUGACGACUCUGCCCUAGCGCGCAGCCCCGUGAAAGGCCUCCUUGGCUCCAAGCUCAGCAAGGUGUAUUCCCAGUCGACUCUCUCACUUUCUACGGUGGCCAAUGAACCUGGCAACUCACUCUCCAUCAAGAGGUCUUCUCGAGCUGCAUCUCCUUCUGGGCCAAUGUCCCCCAGCCGAUUGCCGUCAAACCAAAACCGGGAGCGUGACUGGGAGAACGCGUCGACCGCCUCCUCGCCAGCCUCCAUUCCAGAGUACACGGGGCCCAAGCUGUACAAGGAGCCCAGUGCCAAGUCCAAUAAGUACAUUAUUCACAAUGCACUAUCUCACUGCUGCCUUGCUGGCAAAGUCAAUGAACCCCAGAAAAAUCGCAUCCUGGAGGAAGUGGAGAAGAGCAAAGCCAAUCACUUCCUCAUCCUGUUCCGUGAUUCGAGCUGCCAGUUCCGGGCGGUGUACACCCUGUCGCCAGAGACGGAGGAACUGACGCGCCUGGCAGGCUACGGGCCGCGCACCAUCACUCUGGCCAUGAUUGAGGGCAUCUAUAAGUACAGCUCUGACCGUAAGCGCUUCACCCAGAUUCCCAGCAAGACCAUGUCCAUGAGUGUGGAUGCCUUCACCAUCCAAGGACACCUCUGGCAGACCAAGAAGCCAGGCACCCCCAAGAAGCCAGGCACCCCAAAAUAGCCAGGCCUUUCCAACCUCAGUCCGUUUACUGCUUUUCUCUGCCUGGACUUUAGAGCUGCUACUUGUUAGGUUGACGGGCCCAAGUUGGAUAUAUGGAACCCUACACAUAGCCCUCCAAAAUGGGUGGCUACAUCUUGUACUGGACCAGCGUUAUCUCUGGCUGGAUCAGAGCCACACAGGAGUCUUGCGCAUAGUUCUGAUGGCUGCUCUAAGGAGACUACUUUUGGGGGGGGGGUGAUGACAGAUGCUCUGGAAACUGCCAAAUCCCAUGAUAAUCUAGAGGCUCAGAGUUGCCAUAGUGACACCGCCCUACAUGCGGCCUGUGCGCGCUCGUCUGGGCUUCUGCAUGCUCCGUCUGCCUCCAGCCACCACCUGAAUGUUGGUCCACCACCACAGCAAUGAAGGGUCUCUCUUUCUGACUCCUGCUUGCCUGGGGAACGGGGCCCAGGCCUUCCUUGGUUCUUUUCGGGGUUUCUUGUUUCCCUGGAUGCCCCUGUUUAUAUUUAUACAUACUAUACAUAUAUAUAUAUAUAGAUAUAUAUAUAUAUCUUGGAGCUAUUUAAUGAUUUUUCAAUUAUUUGUAUAUAAAGAGGAACAAAUUGCAUUUGGAACAGUGGGGCAGGGUGAAUUUGUAUAUGGAGGUAGGCAUGGUGGGGGAGGGUAGCACAGAACAAGGUGUGUGUGUGUGUGUGUGUAUGGAUGUUUCCUCCUUUGGCGUUUUGUCUUUCUUCCCCACUUCCCCUUUGGGCUCCCCCCCCCCCCCUCCCUUGUUCACAAGGGCUAUUUGGUGUAGGGAUGGGCAAGGGCUGUUUACAUGUAAUAACUUUUUAGCAGGCAUUUGGGGGGAUGGCAGGGAGCCUGUGAAUUUGGCAAGCUUCAGCUGGCCAUUCUCAUUCAAAAUAUUUGGAAGCUGGAAGUUACUGUAGUCACAGAGCAGGCCUCUGUGGAUCCUGAACUGACCUGCCAAAUGGAAAAAGCAAACCCCUACCUGGUCUAGGAAGAGCAGGCUCCAGCCUCUUCUUUCCUUCCUUCCUUACCAGUUUAGAGCUGCACCUCUGGGCUGUAGCAGGCAGUGAAUGUAGGCUUCUUCAGUUGUCCUCCCCAAGAGCCAGAGGAGGCCUGGGCACUGAGGGGCUUCUACCCUCUUUUCUCUCUCUUCUCCCCCACCCCCUACCCGGCCCGCUUGCUGAAGGCAGAGUGCAGGAGGGAGCUGGGGGAAGCCAAUCCUGCUCAGCUUGGGGUUCUGUCUUGUUCAACUUUAUUCCAGGUCUCUCGUGGUUGCUUGUUGAUGACCGAAUGUCAUGUAGGUGUUUGGGGAUACAGUAUAGUGCAGGGUUGGUGUUAAAAAAAAUUAAAAAGGCAGGUGGGAACUUUGUCCCUGGCUGCUUAAUAAAGUAACUUAAAUGAA